GAUCGUGGACUUGAGCGUCGGCGGCGGCUCGGGAGAGAGAGAGACGCGGGCUGCGGGCGCGAUGCUCCGCCAGAGGACAAGUCCGACGGCGGCCGGACGCUGAGCCGGGCGGGGCGGGGCAGCCCGGCUCGGGCAUGGAGCGCGGGGUGGCCGAGCCUCGGAACGUUUGGGGCGCGCUUCGUCCGAGCCCCCGGCGCACCUGAAGUUGCGAGCGGCGAGCGGCGAGCGGCGAGCGGGCGGCCCGAGGGGACCAGGUAGCAGCCGGCACGCGGCGGAUGAGCCUUCGCACCGGCGGCGAGACGCGGCGGCUGCCAGGGGCCCGAGAAGGCGGCCCGCGGGGGCCUAUCCGGCGGAGAGCAGAGCCCGAGGCGCGGCGCGGCGUCGCUGCACACACGCACACGGAGCCAUGAGGUGCCAUGUUGCCACCAGCUGCCACGUGGCCUGGCUUUUGGUGCUGAUCUCUGGAUGCUGGGGCCAGGUGAACCGGCUGCCCUUCUUCACCAAUCACUUCUUUGAUACAUACCUGCUGAUCAGCGAGGACACGCCUGUGGGUUCUUCUGUGACCCAGUUGCUGGCCCGAGACAUGGACAACGACCCCCUGGUGUUUGGCGUGUCUGGAGAGGAGGCCUCUCGCUUCUUUGCAGUGGAGCCUGACACCGGCGUGGUGUGGCUCCGGCAGCCACUGGACAGAGAGACCAAGUCAGAGUUCACAGUGGAGUUCUCUGUCAGCGACCACCAGGGGGUGAUCACACGGAAGGUGAACAUUCAGGUCGGGGAUGUGAAUGACAAUGCGCCCACAUUUCACAAUCAGCCCUACAGCGUCCGCAUCCCUGAGAACACACCAGUGGGGACGCCCAUCUUCAUCGUGAACGCCACGGACCCAGACUUGGGGGCAGGGGGCAGCGUCCUCUACUCCUUCCAGCCCUCCUCCCAGUUCUUCGCCAUUGACAGCGCCCGUGGUAUCGUCACGGUGAUCCGGGAGCUGGACUACGAGACCACACAGGCCUACCAGCUCACAGUCAACGCCACAGAUCAAGACAAGACCAGGCCUCUAUCCACCCUGGCCAACUUGGCCAUCAUCAUCACAGAUGUCCAGGACAUGGACCCCAUCUUCAUCAACCUGCCUUACAGCACCAACAUCUACGAGCAUUCUCCUCCGGGCACGACGGUGCGCAUCAUCACCGCCAUUGACCAGGAUAAAGGACGUCCCCGGGGCAUUGGCUACACCAUCGUUUCAGGGAAUACCAACAGCAUCUUUGCCCUGGACUACAUCAGCGGAGCGCUGACCUUGAAUGGCCUGCUGGAUCGGGAGAACCCCCUGUACAGCCACGGCUUCAUCCUGACUGUGAAGGGCACGGAGCUGAAUGAUGACCGUACCCCAUCUGACGCUACAGUCACCACAACCUUCAAUAUCCUGGUUAUUGACAUCAAUGACAACGCCCCGGAGUUCAACAGCUCAGAGUACAGCGUGGCCAUCACUGAGCUGGCACAGGUCGGCUUUGCCCUUCCACUCUUCAUCCAGGUGGUGGACAAGGAUGAGAAUUUGGGCCUGAACAGCAUGUUUGAGGUGUACCUGGUGGGGAACAACUCCCACCACUUCAUCAUCUCCCCGACCUCCGUCCAGGGGAAGGCAGACAUUCGUAUUCGGGUGGCCAUCCCACUGGACUACGAGACUGUGGACCGCUACGACUUUGAUCUCUUUGCCAAUGAGAGUGUGCCUGACCAUGUGGGCUAUGCCAAGGUGAAGAUCGCGCUCAUCAAUGAAAAUGACAACCGGCCCAUCUUCAGCCAGCCACUGUACAACGUCAGCCUGUAUGAGAACGUCACUGUGGGGACCUCUGUGCUGACAGUCCUGGCAACAGACAAUGAUGUGGGUACCUUCGGGGAAGUCAACUAUUUCUUCAGUGAUGACCCUGACAGGUUCUCACUAGACAAGGACAUGGGACUCAUCAUGCUGAUUGCCAGACUGGACUACGAGCUCAUCCAGCGCUUCACCCUCACGGUCAUUGCCCGGGAUGGGGGCGGCGAGGAGACCACGGGCCGGGUCAGGAUCAAUGUGCUGGAUGUCAACGACAACAUACCCACCUUCCAGAAGGACUCCUACGUGGGUGCUCUGCGAGAGAACGAGCCUUCUGUCACACAGCUGGUGCGGCUCCGGGCAACGGAUGAAGACUCCCCCCCGAACAACCAGAUCACCUACAGCAUUGUCAGCGCAUCCGCCUUUGGCAGCUACUUCGACAUCAGCCUGUAUGAGGGCUAUGGAGUAAUCAGCGUCAGUCGCCCGCUGGAUUAUGAACAGAUACCCAACGGGCUGAUUUAUCUGAUGGUCAUGGCCAAGGAUGCUGGCAACCCCCCUCUCAACAGCACUGUCCCUGUCACCAUCGAGGUGUUUGAUGAGAAUGACAACCCUCCCACCUUCAGCAAGCCUGCCUACUUCGUCUCCGUGGUAGAGAACAUCAUGGCAGGAGCCACAGUGCUGUUCCUGAAUGCCACAGACCUGGACCGCUCUCGGGAGUAUGGCCAGGAGUCCAUCAUCUACUCCCUGGAAGGCUCCGCCCAGUUUCGGAUCAACGCCCGCUCAGGGGAAGUCACCACCACGUCUCUGCUUGACCGGGAGACCAAGUCUGAAUACAUCCUCAUUGUUCGAGCAGUGGACGGGGGUGUGGGUCACAACCAGAAAACCGGCAUCGCCACUGUAAACAUCACCCUCCUGGACAUCAAUGACAACCACCCCACUUGGAAGGAUGCACCCUACUACAUCAACCUGGUGGAGAUGACCCCUCCAGACUCAGACGUGACCACGGUGGUGGCUGUGGACCCAGACCUGGGGGAGAAUGGCACCCUAGUGUACAGCAUCCAGCCACCCAACAAGUUCUACAGCCUCAACAGCACCACGGGCAAAAUCCGCACCACUCAUGCCAUGCUGGACCGGGAGAACCCCGACCCCCACGAGGCCGAGCUGAUGCGCAAAAUCAUCGUCUCCGUCACUGACUGUGGCCGACCCCCUCUGAGAGCUACCAGCAGUGCCACAGUGUUUGUGAACCUCUUGGAUCUCAACGACAAUGACCCCACCUUUCAGAACCUGCCUUUUGUGGCCGAGGUGCUCGAAGGCACCCCCGCGGGGGUCUCCAUCUACCAAGUGGUGGCCGUCGACCUAGAUGAGGGCCUGAACGGCCUGGUGUCCUACCGAAUGCAGGUGGCUAUGCCCCGCAUGGACUUCCUCAUCAACAGCAGCAGUGGCGUGGUGGUCACCACCGCUGAGCUGGACCGAGAGCGCAUCGCCGAGUACCAGCUGCGGGUGGUGGCCAGUGACUUGGGCACGCCCACGAAGAGCUCCACCAGCACGCUCACCAUCCAUGUGCUGGAUGUGAACGACGAGAUGCCCACCUUCUUCCCAGCCGUGUACAACGUGUCCGUGUCCGAGGACGUGCCGCGCGAGUUCCGGGUGGUCUGGCUGAACUGCACGGACAACGACGUGGGCCUCAAUGCCGAGCUCAGUUACUUCAUCACAGGUGGCAACUUGGAUGGGAAGUUCAGCGUGGGUUACCGCGAUGCCGUUGUGAGAACCGUGGUGAGCCUGGACCGGGAGACCACAGCCACCUACAUGCUCAUCCUGGAGGCCAUCGACAACGGCCCUGUAGGGAAGCGGCACACAGGCACGGCCACUGUGUUCGUCACGGUCCUGGAUGUGAAUGACAACCGGCCCAUCUUUCUGCAGAGCAGCUAUGAGGCCAGUGUCCCCGAGGACAUCCCCGAAGGCCACAGCAUCGCACAGCUGAAAGCCACGGACGCGGAUGAAGGCGAGUUUGGGCGUGUAUGGUACCGCAUCCUCCAUGGUAACCAGGGCAACAACUUCCGGAUCCACGUCAGCAACGGGCUCCUGAUGCGAGGGCCCCGGCCCCUGGACCGGGAGCAGAACUCAUCCCACGUGCUAACAGUGGAGGCCUACAACCACGACCUGGGCCCCAUGCGGAGCUCCGUCAGGGUGAUUGUGUACGUGGAGGACAUCAACGAUGAAGCCCCUGUGUUCACACAGCAGCAGUACAGCCGUCUGGGGCUUCGAGAGACCGCAGGCAUUGGAACGUCAGUCAUCGUGGUCCGAGCCACAGACCGAGACUCUGGGGACGGUGGCCUGGUAAACUAUAGCAUCCUAUCGGGCGCAGAGGGCAAGUUUGAGAUUGACGAGAGCACAGGGCUUAUCAUCACCGUGGAUUAUCUGGAUUACGAGACCAAGACCAGCUACGUGAUGAACGUGUCAGCCACUGACCAGGCACCCCCCUUCAACCAGGGCUUCUGCAGCGUCUACAUCACUCUGCUCAAUGAGCUGGACGAGGCCGUGCAGUUCUCCAAUGCCUCCUACGAGGCUACCAUCCUGGAGAAUCUGGCACUGGGUACCGAGAUUGUGCGGGUCCAGGCCUACUCCAUCGACAACCUCAACCAGAUCACGUACCGCUUCGACGCGCACACCAGCGCACAGGCCAAAGCCCUCUUCAAGAUAGAUGCCAUCACGGUGAGGGGCUGGGGGCAGGGAGCACCAUUUCUUCCAAUCUAA